GCUUUUUUUGACUGAAUGAACGAUUUUUCGAUCAUUGCUUCUCAUUCUUUGUUUGUUUCUUCACUUUGAGUGUGAGUGUGAGUCGAACACGGAAUGGCGUCUGAAAGCACUUCCGCUGGGCUUGCAUUAGAACAGCCGCAGCCAGCCGAUUCCAUCACUACGACCACCACCACCACACCAACAACAACCUCAUCAUCAUCAUCAUCAUCAUCGAGUGCUGGCGCUGGUGCUGGUGCUGGUACAACGUCAUUGCGCGAGGACCUGCUCGACACCGCGACCAAGUUCCUGCGCAAUCCAAAGGUGCAGCAGGCGCCAAAGGCCAAGCGGGUGGCCUUCCUCGAGCAGAAGGGACUCACUGCUGCCGAGAUUGACGAGGCAUUCCGGCGCGUUGGACCAGACGCUCCCCCCAGUCAGCCUGCAGCCGUCGGAAGUUCCAUUCAGCCGGCUCAGCAGCAGCAGCACGCACAGCAGGCCAUUGCGACCAUCCACGGCCACCUGCAGCAGCAACAGCUGCCACCAAUGGGAUAUGCUCCGCAGCCACAGCAGUACCCUGCUCAGCAGUAUGCAGGGCAGUACGGACCGCCGCAGCAGUACUACAACCAGCAGCAGCAGCCGUUCAUGAUGAUGCCCCCGCCGCCACCACCGCCGCAUGAAGUUGCUCUGGCGCCGCUCGGGUGGAAGGACUAUGCUGUAGCGUCUGCUGCGUUGGGUGCUGCUGGCUACGGCGUGUGGCGACUCACACGCCAGUUCAUCACUCCGCACCUGCCUGAAUGGCUGGUUCGACCCGACUCUGCUGCUGACGGAGCGACGACGGCAACAACCACUGAGACCAAUGAAGACAAUUCAGCCAACAGUAACAAUAGCAAUAACAGCAACUUCCGACAACACCUCGAUUCCAGUCUCAACGAACUCAAGCAAAGCGUGGCUGCUACGGUCUCCUCCGUUCGCGAACUCGCAGACGCACACAAGAUGCAAGCCGACCAGAAUGAAGUCGUGAUGCAGUCACUGUCUUCUGAUGUGGCUCUGCUGAAGUCCAUGAUUGCCAGCCCGACAUUCGGCGCUUCGUCCGCUGCCUCCCAAGAUGCCGCACUUGCAGAACUGCGGUCGGAAUUGGCCUCACUCAAGGGCCUCUUGUUGAACCGCAAACAAUUCCCCAGCACGCCCAGCGGAAGCAGCACUGGGUUUGCUGCCGCUGGCGCAGCAAGUCCGACCCCUGGCACUCCUUCCUCGUCCUCGGCUUCGCUUCCAGCCUGGCAGCGCUCUUAUAUGGUCAAACGACCCACCCCGCCUGUCGAUUCUCCCAAGAACGAUGGCACGGUGGAAACUACUCGUGAUGAAAUUGCCUCUGCCUCUGCGCCCACAACAACUACUCCUGCAACGGUGGAGAAUGGCACAGUGCUCGAGACCAGCGCAAACGACCUUCCGGCUCGUGAAGACUCACCCACACCCGUCGAGCAACAGCCGCAGUAAUUCUCGUUGUGUACAUUUACAUUCAUCUACCACAAAAAUAUAUUCAUCUGAGCUGAAUCAAACGAGACAAAGAGCCGGAAGUGAAAAACAAAACUUGUAUUAUUCGAAAAC